CCCAUAUAUUAAGCAUUUUAACCAUUUUUUCUUACUUCCCACUCAAAUUUGCCUAUAUAAAAGACAAGAGAUUGCCCCCCCAAAUCAGCAGCUACUACCACUGCCAAGGCUCGCACUGAGAAGUCAUCAUCAUCAUGAACACCAUUUCGGUCCUCUUGUUGUUAUUUUUGUCCGUCCUCGACAAAGUGUGCUCCACUCCUAUGUGCAACAACCAAUGCUGUCGCUUCGUGGAGCGCUUUCCUGGCAGACUUCGGAGGCUGAGAGAAGACUACGUGCAGAUCCGGGACUUCUACGAAGCAAACGAUGACCUGGACACUGCGCUGCUCGACCAGACCAUCGAGGACUCUUUUAAAACGCCGUUUGCCUGCCACGCUAUGAACAGCGUACUGGACUUUUACCUGGGGACGGUUCUGCCCGCGGCCAUCGCCGGGGUUUCGGACGACACCAAGGAGUUGAAACCUUACGUGGAGUCCAUCCAGAUCAUAUUCGAUGAGCUGAAAAGAGAUGUCACCAAAUGUAAGAAAUACUUUGCCUGCCAGAAGCAGUUUGACGUCCUCAAACUCAAUGCUACAUACAACCAGCUGGAGAAUAAAGGAGUGUACAAAGCCAUGGGCGAACUGGAUGUGCUCUUCAACUACAUCGAAUCCUAUCUGGCCUCUAAACGUCACAGGAACGACGAUCCGGUGCUUUCGUAAAGACCUCUUUAUUCAAGCGAUGUUGCGUCUGCUCAUGUACUGUAUGAUCCACACUGUACGUGCCUAUGAAAAGUCUGCUUUGGAAUCAUAUUGAAUCCAGCGUGCCAGCGGCCAAAAUAUUUAUUGUACUGUACUUUGCUAUUUAUUUUCUGUUUGUACCAAAUAAAGAUUUUGACUUUCAUUUGGUAUUUUGUGAUGUUCUGACUCAGCACAUCACACUCCUACAAUGUAUGCAUGUGAAGUGCAAACCCGACACGCUGAUGCACAAACCUCAAACGUGACCUAUAUCUUCCACUUACCGGCAGUAGCGCCGCCACUUUUUAUCUAAACUUACUGUAAGUGGAACGACACAGCGCUUGUACAUGCAAUGCUACUCACACAGGGUUAAAAAAAAAAAAAAAGAACCACACACACUUUCAUCCUAAUGGCUUGAGGAAAGAUAGCGUGUUACUUUAUAGAGACAGCGAGAACCAAAAGCGGCAUUCGUCAUGUGGCAAAAUGAAUUUUGCCAUGUGGCAUUUUUUUUGGCCACUUUUUUUACCAUGUGGAAAAAUUAAUUUUGACAUGGCAUUUUUGGGGGGUAUAUGGCAUUUUUGCAGGCCAUACAUGUCCAAAUUUUCACUUCAUUAUAAAUGGCAGAAAAACGCGUGGCUGUGAUUUUUGACCAUCCAUUUAUUAUUACAGCGCACUGACUUUCAACUGGCACUGGCCUUCAACAGGCUAUGCCAUUAGCAGCUAUGCACGUCCAAAUUUUCCAUUCAUAUUAAAUGGCAGAAAUACAAACAAACCAAAAUUCAUUUUGCAAUGUACCAAAAAUAAUGCCACAUGGCAAAAUCCAUUUUGCCACGUGGCAAAAUACUUUUUGCCACGUGGCAAAAAAAUGCCAGAUGACAAAAAAAAAAAAAAAAAAAAAAAAAAAAAAGCCACAUGGCAAAAUCCAUUUAACCUCAUGGCAAAUACCACUCAAAAAAUGCGACAUGGCAAAAAAAAAAAAAAAUGCCACAUGGAAAAAUACAUUUGGCCACAUGGCAAACAAAAAUGCCACAUUUCAAAAUCCAUUUUGCCACAUGGAAAAAUACAUUUGGCCACAUGGCAAAAAAAAAUCCGACAUUGCAAAA